CAGGGUUUGAUUUGUUCUGGUCAUCAAUAAUUUAAAAUGUUAAGCUGAAACUCUCAAAACCCUAGUUUAUGCUACCGCAGGAAAAUGGCUCCAAAGCAGCCAAGUACCGGUCUUUUUGUUGGAUUGAACAAAGGUCACGUUGUCACCAAGAAGGAGUUGGCUCCACGACCCUCAGAUCGUAAAGGGAAAACAAGCAAGAGAGUGCACUUUGUAAGGAAUCUCAUCCGAGAGGUUGCUGGCUUUGCACCUUACGAAAAGCGUAUAACUGAGUUGCUGAAGGUCGGAAAGGAUAAGAGGGCACUGAAAGUUGCCAAGAGAAAGCUUGGAACCCAUAAACGCGCAAAGAAGAAGCGUGAGGAGAUGUCUAAUGUUCUCCGAAAGAUGAGGGCUGGUGGAGCAGGAGACAAGAAGAAAUAAAUAUGAUUUACUUUUGUUAUGGUUUUAGAUAUAAGUCAAUGUUUUUUUUAUGGACGUACUGUAUUAGCUUUUCUUUCGUUUGAUUUUGUUCAAGUAUUAAUGGUUAGAAAUGUACUCUAUUUAACUGACACAUCUGAGUUAAAAUCAAUAUUUAUCAAUUUUUCAAGCAAACUUAUUAUA